AUGCUGCCUAUGGUGACGAUGGCCAUGCCAUCCACGCCGUUCGGCGAUGCGCAGGCACUGCGCCGGAGAUUUUCCAUGUCAUCACCACCCCCCGAGCCUUCGUCGGGCGGAUCGGAGGAUGUGCAAGAGAGCCGAUCGCGCCGCCUUUCGUCGCUCACACGGGGUAUGAGCAUGCGCCAGAGCCCGCGGGCGAGCCGCACGUCACUGCUUGACGAGGGCGCACGCACUCCGUCGGAAUUGGGCCUGGCCCCACCACUGCAGGGCGCGGCCUAUCCGUGGCUCGCCGACCCGAUACCAUCACUGCCUUCGGGGCCCAUCACGCAGCAGAGCGACGAGAUGCCUUCGCCGCUGCGCCGCACAACGUCCCCGCUGUCGCUCCGUGCGAUCGCACGGCGGCCGUCGCUCGCAUUCUCGUCCGAGCGCCGCCGCGAGGGCAGCAUCACGGGCUCGUCGAAUGCAUCGAACGACUCGCUGGGCCGCCAGCCGUCGCGGGCACACAUAUCGCGCAAUCCCUCGCCUCUGGCCGAGGGUAGCGCCACACUGCUGCGUGCGCCGAGCUUUCUGCGCCGCGGCUCGGCGCCCGACUAUCCCACACGCCGCGGAUCAGACACAUCACCCGGGCGUGCCUCGCCGGCCGCGCCGGUGCCGCAGGAGCGCGCCUCGCCGGGCCUGCACGCCUAUCCGCGUGCGGCAUCGCCGGUGAGCAUGCAGCCGGAUAUGCGACCGGCGCCGCCGGCCGUGUACGCAGACGAUAUGGCGCGCAGCACGUCGCCGCUGGGCAUGAGCGAGCUGAGUGCGCCGAUUGUCACUCCGCGCCUCGCUCACCGCGUCGCCGUGCGUGUCACGCCCGCGACCGAGUGCAUCAACAUGUUUGGGCCGCUGCAGGUCACGUCGCAUUACUCGCUCUCGGGCACCGUCACACUCGAGCUACCCCCCAGCGAGGACGCGCUCGAGCUGCAGGCGCUCGACGUGCACCUCGUGGGCUACUCGAUGUACGUCGACAGCUCCGCGCGCUUCUCGUCGGUGCGCCUGUGCGACAUCAAGCACGAGAUCAUCCAGACCCCGACGCAGCUCCCGGCGACGCACGGCAGCGAUCCGCUGCAGUUCGAGGUCGAGUUCGACCUCUUUGCGCCGGGCUGGCUUCCCGCGUCAUUUGCGGCGCGCUCUGCAAGCACGUUUUACAACCUCGAGGCGGUGGCGACCGUCGUCGAGCCGGGCGGGCGCAAGGCGCCGACCUCGCCGCAGUCCGACUAUGCGAGUGCAUCGACCUCGCCGGCAGUCGGAACGUACACGACGGCUUCGCCCGGUGUCGGCGCCCACGCGACGCUCUCGCCGCUCGCAUCCGAGCCGGCUGCGCCGUGCACCGUACGCAGUCCGCCGCACCUCGUCCGUGUGUGCCGCACACGCGACAUGGUCCCGAUUCCCGUCGCGCAGCUCGCCGUAUUUACCGGUGCCGACGUGCAGGAGGAAGAGGCAGCGCCGAACCCGUUUGCGCGCAGCACGAACCCCUUUCGCCAGCAGAGCAAGAAUCCGUUCCUGGCGCCGCGCACGGCGCCUGCGCCAAGCGCCGCGCAAGACGUGCAGAACGCGACGCGCAAGCGCUUGACGAACCGCGUGCCGCUGCGCCACUUUACGCACGCGCCCAAGAUCCCCUUGCCGGUGCCGGUCGUGAUCCAGGGCGCAGUGCACGAGUACCUCCCGCUGAAGCUCACGCUUUCUGUUCCCGCGCACACCAACACGCACGUCGAGUCCGACGAGGAGCAGCCGCCUCUCGUGUUUGGCCUGCAGGUCGAGCUCGACCCGCUCUGGGCGCAGACCAAGAUGUGGAACGACCUGCGCCUGUGUGAACUCGAGGCGAUGUGUGUACAGAUGGAAAAGUACAGCUCGUCGCUCUCGCGCAGCUACUGCACCGCGUUUGCGCUGCCGCUCGAGGGCGACGUCGGCGCGACCGACGUCCCUGCGUUUGAUCCGGCGAUGUGCGCAAAGCAUGCGCCGCCGCAGUCGCAGCACUCGGGCGCGUCGCAGUACCCCUACAACCGUGCGCUGCUCGAAGGGCGGAUCCGGCAGCAGCGCGCGGGCAGUGCGCCGACCGACCGCCGGAACCACGCCGAGCGUUUCCGCUCGUACACCGUCGGUCCGCUGCCGCAGAGCGACCGCAGCCGCGGCAAACAGCGCGAGGCGUCGGUGCCUAUGCCUACGACGUCACCCGCGCCGGCGCCAGCGCCCGCACCCGCACCUGCGCAGAGCAAGAAGAAAAAGGCGCUCACGUCCCCCUUUUCGCGCUUCUCCGUGUUUAAUGGCGGGCGCGAGGAAGAGGCGCGGCCCGCGCCCGAGGCACUGGUGCUCCCCCCGCCGACGCCGGCGCCGGUGCACGAGAACCCCAAAGCGUCGUACGUCUUUGACGGGAGCGACGGCUGCGGCAUGACACUGGCCUCCAAAAAGGUGCGGCUCUCGUUCAGCCUGCCCAUGGUCCCCUCGAGCGGAAAGACGGCGAUGCGCGGCGGGACGACGCAGCUGCUGCCCGACUACGAGAGCCCCCAUGUGCGUAUUCGGCACAAGCUCAAGGUCAAGCUGCGCUUUGGCUACGGCUCGAGCCAGCUGGCGACGAAUGCCGGCACGCAGAGCCUGGUGAUGUGCGUCCCGGUGCGCUUUACCGAGGCGCCACCGAGCGAGGCUUUGGCGCAGGCCGCGCCGAUCGUCUUCCCCCCGUCUGCUUCGCGCUGCGUCCCGGCGGAAGGUGCGCCAAACGUCGCGGUGCCUGCGGCGCUCACGCGCGCGACGCACUCGUCGUUUGCCGCGACGCCGGCGCACCACCCCGCCUACCUUCCUGCGUACGUGCAGCUGUUCCGUGAAGACGGCUCGCGCCUUGCGGACGACACGGAGCUCCUGCCGCGCUACCCCGAGCCUGGCGUCUCGCGUCCGAUGCACACGCGCGACGACGAUGCGUUCUCGGAGCGGAUCGACGCGGGGCUCGUGCUCGUCCCUGACGCGGUGCGCGAGGAGAAGACGGCGGCGCCGACGAGCAUGGUCGAGACGCUGAAUGGCGCCGACGAUCUCUUCCCCGAGGACGUGAACGAGGUCGCGCCGCAGCGUGUCGAUGACGACAUGCUCGACGCAGACAUGCAGCAGACGACGGUCGUGACCAACUCGUCUGCGCUCGACUACGACCUGCUGGCCGAGACGCGCGAGAUGCAAGGCGCGCGGUCGCCGAACGUCUUUUCGACGACCGAUCCCUAG